GUAAGUUAUAGCUGCUCCCAGUAAAUCUAGCUGUCGAUACGACGUGAAUUUAUAUGCGAUUGCGUGUCUUUCGAAAUUUCCGGUAGGAAUAUUUUGCUUCUCCUUCUGACAAGAAUAACGCUCGACUUGGUUUUUAAGUGAUUACUGGUCACCUCUGGUGUAACAUGUAGACUAGUAUUCUUCUAAAUCAUUUCCUACGUAAAACUAUUGCAAUAGACUCAGUUUUGUUACUGUUAUUGGUAAAGCUUUUUCACGCCAUAAUUUACGUCGUAAUAAUCCACUGUGGUCUACACACUUUAGUACUGCUUACCCCAACCCUAACCGAGGCAUUGUAGUACAAUAUUUUCCAGUGGUUAUGAAUACCUGCAAUUAAAGAAUUUCGGCUGUAUAUCGCUAAAGGUAACCAAAGUGGCUAGUGCGAAACUUUAACUUUUACAUUGUUUCUACGUUUUUGGUUAAAUUCUUAUUUAUUUGGACACAAAUAUUGGUACAAGGGUGAAACAAAUGCAUAUGGCCCACAUAUUAUUAUUGAGGUUGUGAAGAGACAGAGAAUGCAAAGUGCGUGUAAUGAGUAAGAACAAAAAUGAAAAUGAAUUUGGUUUAUAAGAGAUAAAUAAUAGGAAUAUUAAUAAUAAUUUUGGGAGACAGUUUCUGAGAGACUAAUUUAUGGACGACCUUUGAACGAACUUUAAGUAACCUUGAGAAAUAUUAGCCAACCAGCAAACAGACAUUAUGAAAUAAAAAUAUUUUAUACAAAACCAAGAAAGUAAAGUGGAUACACUUCUUAUACGUGGUUCAAAAACUUGUCAAGGUUAGAAAGAGGUUCUAAAAUCGUAAUGCAUGCAUUAGAGGAAAUCAUCCAUACGGCUACAGAAUAGUCAUCCUCUAGAACCAUGAUAAAGUCUCAAAAACUUUUUCAGCCUCGACCACAUAGCUUCAAUAUUGUUUGUGUGCAAUCCGGUUGUUGAGUGCAGAAAAUGCUACUUGUGGAUAACGACACGAUGCACAUAACCAAGCCUAUGUAGGAGUCUGUACGUUCUCUAGACAUCCGUAUAUAUUGUAGUACCUGGCUGCAGCCACUGUCACUGGUGCUUGUAUUAUCCAGUUCGCAAUAACUGUCGUAAUUUGCCUUAGGAAUUAUAUAUGGGGUUUUCAUCACGAACUGACAUCAGCUAUAAUGCAAGGAAUUUAUCCAGCCAAAUGGAUAAAAGGCUUUCGCGUUAAAAUCCGAGAUCUAUUAUCUUAUACCUGAUUGUUUCGUCCACAAAUUAUAGUCCCGCCGUUUUAUUUGUUAUAGUCGCUCAAUUAUCACGCUUUGUACGAAAUUCUCUGUGAACCGAUCGUACGUUAGCAUUAAGCACCGAAGUGGGCGCCGUAACCUUGAAAUCUCUAAAACGCCUUUGGUUGGCUCGUCCUUAAAUUAGAGUCUCGCUAAAGUAAGAGGAAGUUACAGCAGGAUCGCCACUGGCUUUUAUUCUGAGCCAUGGCUGAUGACGAUUCUAGCCAGUGUUGUACUAUAUCUAGGGUCCCAGCCAAGGAGUCGCGAAGAGACAACAGAAGCCAUUCUUGUACAGCUUUCUUUCAUAUUUACGACACCAUAUACUGACCACCUCUGCUUUUUUUUAACCAGCCUCAGUGUCAGCAAAUAAUGCACAACGUGGAAUUCUCUGGGACGACAUCCGCGAGACACGUUCAAGCCAUCGAAGCCAAUUUUUGAAGAUAGUGACACUAAUCGAAUUAUUGUCGCAGUGCUCAGACACAUGAUGCCAAACCUCAGCAUUAGGAACAUGGUGUUGCUACUGAAUGUCAGCAAUCCUCCAAAGACAACAAUGAUCAAACACAGAGAGUCUUCUAGUACCCUCAACUCUGAGAAGCCAGGUUUCACAAGUAUGGAGCAAAACUGCUCUCACUGACGCGUUGUAGAUACGACCUUUUACAGCCAGACUAACAUCACGAAGGCACCAAAGACGACCCAGAUUAGCAUAAGCCUCUUUAGCUUUCACUACAAGUGAAUUAACCUCAUCACUCACUCCGCCGACACCACCACUUAGACACUAGAGGGAUCGUUAAUUCGUACAAUUCAGCACAUACCUUCUGCCAAAAUACCCAUAUGAUAUCUAUACUUGAAAACUAAUUUCCAUCCUAUCCAAAUAUGCCUGAUGUUUAGUAGUUGUUGUUCAUAUUGAUUAUUAUUGGGAAAUCUUAAUGGGAAUACUGAGGGUUCUUGUGAUCAUUUCAUUGGGAUUCAAUUUGAAACACUACAUCUGUAUUAGAAAACAGCAUUGGAUCCAUUAAAAGACAAUAAACUGAAUUACUGAUGGGAUCCAGCCUAAAAUGUUUUUUUUUACUUGCACUACUUCCAGUCGUCUGUUUGUUUCAGGAAUCAUCUAUUACUACUAUACAUUUAAUGGAUAUAUAUUUUGUUGUUAUCUUCGGUACCAACAGCUUAUUUCUUUUUCAGACGAGUAGUUCGCGACCAUACCCAAUAGUUAAAGCCGUCGAUACUAAAUUCGGAAAAUUUCUCGUCGGCAUCUACAACAUACUGGUCACUGAAUGUUAGAUAAUGCCGCUAAUAAAACUGUCCACCAACCAUUGAAAAUCACUGGAAAGUUUUAGCAGUAAAACAAGUAGAGAGACCACUGAUAUGACCAGCACCAAGUAUUGCGUCACCAGAAAACAAUCGUUACAACUGAGGUUGUUAUAUUUAACUGAAGAGCGGUAUGAAAUAUGGAUAGUCGGACUAACUCAGUUGGUGCCAUUAAUCUGCAACACCGACUUCAGCGGUUUGAUCAUGCUCUACGAUGUCGUCUCAACGAACUUCUUGUCGUGAAUUGUUUGCUGAUAUUAGAAUUGGAUUAAAAGACCGAAAGGUGGUCAGUUUAUGACACUUUACCCUGACCGAUGGAUCGAUAGAACUAGGAUAUAUGAGUUCAUCUCGGUUACUUGGCGACGGUAGUAGAGGUGGUGUAGCUUAAAAUGUUAUCAAUAAUCUUACAAUAGAGGACUAAGGAUGAUGUUGUAACUACUCAUUACAAUUUUUAUACAAGUGAUACGAUCUCACUUGACCAAAUCAAUUUUUUUUGUAGAGCUGUGUUUUGAUAAAUACUUCUCAUACUCAUUUUUCGAUUGUGCUACACUUAUAUCCUUUAAUUCUCUACAGCAUUGUCACUUCGCUUGGAUGGUCCAUCUUUUUGUUGCCUUGUUUUUCCAGGAUUUGUAUUUCUUAGCCUUCCAAUCAACGGUUUUAGCUGUGUAGAAACUUCAGUAAGCUUGCAAUAAACCCUGCUUCGGUUUGGGCGCCAGAGCAGUAUCUCAGCCCUUACACAAAUAAUUUGAUUUGUGUCGCGCAUAUAUAUUUGGUGUUUCUUUGUACCAAUGUUUAUGUGUUUAAAUAAGUUAAUGAAUAAUCAUCUUUCCAUGUCACCAAGAUUUUAGCUCAUGCACUCCGUUUUAGUUUGCGUUGCUUACAUUAAUUUCCCCAUUUUUAGGACUACUAUGAUAAAAUUAAGCAACAAUUGAGGUAGUUGUUUACAUUCAGUUGUCAAAACUGUUCAUUCUGUGUUUUUUAGUCCUUUAGAAACUAUUUAACAAGAUGGAUUCAUAUAAUGAACAUGAUGAUCAAAGAGAAUUGGCAAUAAUUAUACACGAACAAGAAAAUCAGCAUGAUGGAAGUGAUACUCAGUGUAAGCCAGAGCUGGUUUCUUCAAUUAAUGCCCAUCAUAAUAUUGCCAAUAAACAAACAGAAGACGAUGAAAUUGUGUUUAAAAAUCUGAAAUUAAUAAAUUCUACAGAUAAUAAGUCUAAUUCCCUCAUUGAUAGCGAAAAUAACACAGCCGAUGUGACACAGUGUGAUGAUGAAUAUGACACUUUGGAUGAAUUAUUCGACAUUGCGAAAUUGUUAUCGGACUCGAUGGAUAACCAACAAAUAAUAUCUGUAGGAAAAAAGCAAUUAAAAUCAGAUGAUGAUGAUUAUGAACAAAAUGCAGAGAAAGCGUUUGUUAAUAAUAAUAAUAAUAAUGGUGGUGGUGGUGGUAGUGGUGGUGAUAUCGGAUAUCAGCCAUCACAAACGGCUGAUAAUAAUCUAAUAUCAAGCCGUAAUGUGGAAAUAAAACAAGUUGUCAUUGGGUAUCCUGAUCGUAUGUCCAUUGUAAUGGAAGAGAAUGAUGAUGAUUAUGUUGAUGGUAAUGAUGAAGAUUAUGCAUCGGAAGCUUCAAUUAAUCAAGAAGAGUGUCAUAAAUACAACGAAAUACUGGUGGAUGAAUUGUCAUCUGACCAACAAGAUAUGUCUAAAGAUUCGUCUCAAGAGCAAAUAACCGAAUUCGUUGAUAGUCUCAAUGAACGUUUACGAAUAGAAUCAAGAUCUUCUUCGACUUCAGAUGUAACAACAAUCGAUGAAAACGAUGUUGCAUGUGAGAUAGAAAUUCAUCCACAACCAUUGGAUCAUUGGGUAGAAGAUUCUUAUGCCACAGUCGUUCGUCAUACACCUGUGGUUACACCUACUACAGUUACUCCUGUAAAUACUGCAAAUCACAAUACAGAAAUGGAUAAUUUGAUUCAAGAGAAUUUAGAAGUUUAUAAUCCUCAUGAAGAAUAUGCAAAAAAACAAUUUGAUUCUAAAUUAGGUAUUGGUUGUAAUUAUUACAAUGAAUUCGCUGAAACAGAAGAGUUUGAAGAUAUGAACAAUGGAACAAAUCAUGAAUUACCUAGUGAAACUCGUCUACGAACCAUACCACUAGAACGAUUUAUUACUGAAGAACAACAUAUAAACGUAGAGAAUUUAAAGCACCAAUCUCAGACGAUGCAAAAUUAUUGCGAUUCUGAAAGUUUAGUUAAAAUGAAUGUUGUACCCGAUGAUAAUUUAGAGGAUCGUACAAGAUGGCGUACUUGUCCAUCUUUGAUACUUCCUACAAGAGAAUCAAUUGAACAACCAAGGUGUCAUGCUUGUGCAGAAGUGGUCUAUCCUUUAGAAGCUUUACAGACUAUUGGUCGACUUUAUCAUAAGAGCUGUUUCAAGUGUCAUCAAUGUCACCGUGUUCUAAGCUUGGGCAAAUACAGUGUAUGGGAAGGCAAUCCAUAUUGUGAGCCACAUUAUCUUGUAUUGUUCAAGGCGUUUGGACAGUAUAACAGUAAUUUAACAAAAACUCCAACAUUUGAUGCCUCAUCUCAUGUUCGACAGGAAGUUUCGAAGAUAGAACGGUCAACACCAAAUGUAACUCAGACAUUAGUAGCCAAAUUUCAAGAAUUAGAAUCUGGAAACAAUACAACUAGUAUACAAAAUUCUCUACCACAGAAUCAAACUGUUGGUCGAGUUGCGCCUGAAGUAAAUGGAAAACCUCAUGUUUCAAACCAACGGAAAUUCAUUCCUGUGGAACCCAAACCAUUAACUAGAAAACCUGUCGAACAAAAACCAAAACAAUUAGUCAGUGAAUUAAAACAAAAUUUCAGUCAUAAACCUGAAGAUGAAGCUUACAGUUCCUCGGAGUCUACUGAAAGCGCGAAAAUUGGUCAGUUUCAUAGCACAAACGGUAAAACAAGUGAAUUUCCAACUCCGGGUAUUACAAGAAAUCUAGUUGCUAAAUUUUCUGCCCUUUCUGCUGCAUCCUAACUUAUGACAUAUUCUCAACACCUUUCUUACCAAAAAUAGUAGCGUAAUCAGAUGAAGAUGAUGAUGAUGAUGACUAUUAAAACGAUUUGGUCAUAAUCAAUAGGAACACACUUUUUCUCAACAGUUCUUUUUUUCGACUUUGUUUUCAAAUUACUGAUUACUAAUACUCUUUUAUUACAACUUUUGUCGCUAUUACCGUCAUCCUUGUUACAGUCUAUUUCUUCAUACUGGUCCACUUUUUCAUAACAACAGAUUGUCGUAUCUUAAUCUAUUAUUUCAUUGUGGUUUAUUCAUUACGCUUACAUUACUAAGUAUUUAUUUGAUGUUGUUACUGCUUAGAUUUAUGUUUAUGAAUAAAAUUUACUUAUAAGGAAGAGGAAUUAUUAAGCACCACAUGCUAUGUUUCUGUUAUUCAUUUUAUUGUCAUAUAUAUAUAUAUAUAUAUAUAUAUAUAUAUAUAUAUAUAUAUAUAUAUAUAGAGAGAGAGAGAGAGAGAGAGAGAGUACCAUUUUGAUUUGUCAUUGUUAGUGUCAUUUAUAUUUCUUGUCAAUCUAUAAAACUUACUCUUUUUUAACGCUCAGUUUCCUUUUUGAUAUGAUGGUAUUCUUUUUUACAUAGCUUUUAUUUCUGUUAACACAAAUUUAGAAGUAGCCACAGUUGAGUUUAUUUCAGUGGGUUUGUUUUAGUAUUUAUCGUGUCCAUUUCUACUUGUUUUACUUCCCGUACAUAGUGUGUUUUGUUUUCAUACAUGAUUCAUUUGUUUUUUGUUUUAUGACACUACCAACUAUACGAAUUUUCAUCCUGUUUUUCGUUGUCAUUUUCAAUGCUUUCACUUUUCUUCUUGUCUAUAUCUCUUCGUUAUUUCUUUUGAUAAUGUUUAAAUACCGAACUGUUCCUGUUUACCAUUCUGUUUUUCGAGUAAAGCUUAAUUUAAUUACAAAUUAAAGGUUUUUACUUGUAUUCCCCAGGUGGAUCAAUCGCAGCCUGUAUAAUUCAGUAAUAAGUUUUAAAUCUCAUGAAAAGUACCAGUUCCUUCAAGGUUACAGGCAAUCUAACGAGCGUCAACUAGCACGAGAAGUGUUUCUAAAACUUCCAACACUUUAUCCAUAUUUGUAGAAUUACUGGCAAAAGCAUCUAUACUUAUUCUGGACUUUUGAGAUGGGUACUCAUAAGAGGAUUAUAUCUAAGACUUCCUACAACUUAAUCAUAAGUAGUAUGCAGAAAAAAACUAAUUGGUCUACGAAUUUUUGCAUUUAACUGCAUGGAUUGCCAUUUUGCUGCUUAUUAUUCAAUUCUUGUGUUCGUUUCUUUUAAACAAUUAAAAUGAAGCUGAAUCAUAAACUCUCCAGUGUUAAUCAAAUUCACUUUCCAAAAGAUUACUUGUUAUAUUUAUUUAAGUUAAUUUUCUUUAAAUAACUUUGUGUAAUAGGCUGAGUAAAUCAGUCAGUCUUCGAAAUUCUUCUAAAUACAAUCAACUAACAGUAUAAACUCUCUUGAUUAUUUAUCAUAUCUAUGAACUUAUUCGUCAGUACUUAAUAGCCUAUGAAUAUGAGCUAAAAUUUACAUUCUAAUUGUUGAAAAAUUUGACGUCUGAAGCUAUAUAACUGUAAUCUCUACUUACAUUAUGACGACAGAUUGGCUUUUAGACCUCUUAUUACUGAACUUUCGUUAAUAAAAUUAACGAUUGAGUUAAUUUGAGAGAAUAACGCAUUACUGGUACUGUGACCAAAGCAUCAAACCUAAUUUUCUUGCACAAGCAAGCGGAAAGUUAACUUGCAACCUACAGUGAAAUUUGUAUGACAAGAAUUCACGCUUUCUGUAAUCAUACGCAUAGUACUAAUACUUGUGUGACUCAUUUAUUGGAAGUAUCACCAUAGAAUUUUGUUUCAGCAACUUUCGAAAUUUGUUAAAUAGCAUGAUAUUAAUUAAUCCAUCUACUCUAGAAGAUCUUUCAUAACAGUAUGAUGUGGACCUCGAUAUUGGUCUUCAGAAAUGUUGUAUUCGAAGAUUAAAUUAUGUGUAACUUCCGAGAAUUAUUUAUAGACUGUUAUUAUGUGUAUAUAUUCUUAUUGUAUAACUGUUAAGUGGCUAGAUUAUAUAUUUAUAUUUCUUAUCAUAAGCUUUCAAUUGAUCUAUUGGCUAUUAUUAUAAGAUUUACAAUUCUUAAUGUACCAGUUACAGUCUCUCACACUCAACUACUUUUGGCUUGAUCUUGUGUAAUCAUUUUUUUUAAUUUUAUGGUGUGAUGUCGUCUGGUUCGGUUGUAUAUAAACUACAUAUGUCUGAAGUAUAUUAUUC